UGCGGAGGAAGGAGAUAAAGCAAGAAAAAUGCAUUCUUUGAGCCUCAGAGUUUUUACUGAUUUCACCGGCUCUUCGGCGGCGAGGUCUUCGCCGUGUCGUGGUGGCUAUGGCGGUUUGACUUUGGGGGAAUUUAAUGGCAAGGCUUGUAGAAUUCUAGCCUGCGCUCCGGAGAGGAACGGCAAUGGCGGAGGUCGGAGUCGGAGUUCGAGUUCGAAUACGAGUACGACUCCGAGCUCGUUUUUGUCUCGGAGCCAAACUUACGCUCUGUUGAAGCAGCAAAUGGAAGUUGCUGCGAAAUCUGAGGAUUAUGAAGAGGCUGCGAGGAUUCGCGACUCGUUGAAGUUAUUCGAAGAGGAAGAGCCGGUUUUGCGGCUACGGAGGCUGAUAAAGGAGGCGGUUGCUGAAGAGAGGUUCGAGGAUGCAGCUAAAUACCGUGAUGAGCUUCAGGAAAUUGCUCCCCACUCUCUCUUGAAAUGUGCAAGUGAUGCAACGACCUUGGGAAUCAGGGUUCAAGUGAGGAGUGUGUAUAUAGAGAGCCGGAGUCAGCCGUCAAAGGGGCACUAUUUCUUUGCUUAUAGAAUUCGAAUUACCAAUAAUUCAGAGCGCUCUGUUCAGCUUCUUAGAAGGCACUGGAUUAUAACUGAUGCCAAUGGAAAAACUGAGAAUGUCUGGGGAAUUGGUGUUAUUGGUGAACAGCCAGUAAUACUUCCUCGGGCUAGUUUUGAAUACUCAUCUGCAUGCCCGUUAAGCACUCCCAACGGCAGAAUGGAAGGUGAUUUUGAGAUGAAACAGAUCGAUAGGGUAGGCUCACAAUCUUUCAAUGUGGCUAUUGCCCCAUUUUUACUCUCUAUACUUGGAGAUGAUAGUGAUGCGUUUUGAGAACCGAACUGUUUACAUCACCUAGGAGAGACAAAGGAAUCUCAUUCUGAUCCAGAAAAGUCUCUAAAAAUUAAGUCAUUGUUUAUAUUCUGCAAUAUGUGUAAAAAAUCAUUUCUUCUACAGGGAUUAGGGUACCACUUGUCGAUUAUUCUUGUUGGUCUAAAUGGAAAAUGGUUGAAGUUUUAUAUGUCAGGAGAAAAAUCAACUUGUAAAGAGAACAAAUGUAUAGCUUUAUGCAAGUUUAUCUGAA